GUAGCACGCUGCUCACGGGCGGAAGCGCUCGGGCGGGUGGAGCGGUGGCGCCGUCCCCUCACAGGGGCGCUGGGGCGCCAGCGGAGUCUCCUGGCGGGUCGGGACGCGAGCGCGGCGGGAUGAGCGGCGUCCGGGACUCCGGACCUGAGGCGGGCGCCGCCCGGGCCGAGGCCCCCGGCGCAGCGCUGAGCGUGGACGUGGCGGGGCUGUUGGCGCAGCUGGCGCGCAGCUUUGCGCUGCUGCUGCCCGUGUACGCGCUCGGCUACCUGGGCCUGAGCUUCAGCUGGGUGCUGCUGGCACUCGGGCUGCUCGUGUGGUGCCGGCGCAGCCGCGGCCUGAAGGCCAGCCGCCUAUGCCGCGCGCUGGCGCUGCUGGAGGACGAGGAGCGCACCGUGCGUCUGGGGGUGCGCGCCUGCGACCUGCCGGCCUGGGUCCAUUUUCCAGAUACUGAAAGAGCAGAGUGGCUAAAUAAGACUGUAAAACACAUGUGGCCAUUCAUUUGCCAGUUCAUAGAGAAGUUGUUUCGAGAAACCAUAGAGCCAGCUGUGCGGGGAGCACACACCCACCUCAGCACCUUCAAUUUCUCCAAAGUUGACAUGGGUCAGCAGCCCCUCAGGAUCAAUGGUGUUAAGGUAUAUACUGAAAAUGUGGACAAAAGGCAAAUUAUUUUGGACCUCCAGAUUAGUUUUGUAGGAAAUUGUGAGAUUGAUUUGGAGAUCAAGCGAUAUUUUUGUAGAGCUGGUGUGCAAAGUAUACAGAUUCAUGGUACCAUGCGGGUGAUCCUGGAACCAUUGAUUGGAGACAUGCCCUUGGUGGGAGCUUUGUCCAUCUUCUUCCUUAGGAAGCCACGUUUAGAAGUUCAUUGGACCGGACUGACGAAUCUCCUUGAUAUUCCUGGACUGAAUGGUUUAUCCGAUACUAUCAUUUUGGACAUGAUAUCAAACUAUCUGGUGCUUCCCAAUCGGAUCACUGUUCCUCUUAUCAGCGAAGUUCAAAUAGCUCAGUUGCGGUUUCCUAUACCAAAGGGUGUUCUGAGGAUACAUUUCAUUGAAGCUCAGGAUCUUCAGGGCAAAGAUACUUACCUUAAGGGGCUUGUCAAGGGAAAGUCAGACCCCUAUGGAGUUAUUCGUGUUGGCAACCAAAUCUUCCAAAGCAAGGUCAUCAAGGAGAACCUCAGUCCAAAGUGGAACGAGGUGUAUGAGGCUUUAGUUUAUGAACAUCCGGGACAGGAAUUAGAGAUUGAACUCUUUGAUGAAGACCCAGACAAGGAUGACUUUCUGGGAAGUCUCAUGAUUGAUCUCGUUGAAGUUGAAAAGGAGCGCCUUUUAGAUGAAUGGUUCGCCCUGGACGAGGUCCCCAGGGGAAAGCUUCACUUGAGGCUGCAGUGGCUCACGCUGGUCCCGGAUGCAUCCAGUCUGGACAAGGUGCUGGCAGACAUCAGAGCUGACAAAGACCAGGCCAGUGAUGGUCUCUCCUCCUCCUUGCUGAUCUUGUAUUUGGAUUCGGCGAAGAACCUUCCAAGUAACCCAUUAGAAUUUAAUCCUGAUGUCUUGAAGAAGGCUGCAGUUCAGAAAACUUUAAAGUCAGGGAAGAAAAUGAACAGCAGUCCAAACCCUGUUGUCCAGAUGUCAGUCGGGCACAAGGCCCAGGAGAGCAAGAUUCGGUACAAAACCAGUGAACCUGUGUGGGAGGAAAGCUUCACUUUCUUUGUUCACAAUCCCAGGCGCCAGGACCUUGAAGUUGAGGUCAGAGAUGAGCAGCACCAGUGUUGCCUUGGGAACCUGAAGAUCCCUCUCAGCCGGCUGCUGGCCAGCGAGGGCAUGACCCUGAAUCAGCGGUUCCAGCUCAGUGACUCCGGCCCCAGCAGCACCCUGAAGAUGAAGGUCGCCCUCCGGGUGCUCCACCUUGAAAAGCAAGAAAGGUCCCCAGACCACCAGCACUCAGCUCGAGUGAAGCGACCCUCUGUCUCCAGGGAUGGGAGGAAAAUGCCCAUCAGGGCUCAGAUGUCCGCGGCGCCCCGCACUGCAGAUGGCGGACCCUCCCCACCCGUGCCAGGCAGCGGGAGCGAUGGUAAGCCUGGCGAGGAGGAGAGCACCCCGUCUGUGGAGGCCAGCCCCCCAGAGCCAAGUGACCUGGCCAGAAGCUGCUCCAGCCUGCAGGCCAGUGCUGCCUGCUCCCCCAGCCACAUCCUCAUCAAGGAGCCCACCCCGAGCAUCGCUUCGGACGUGUCACUGCCCAUCGCCACCCAGGAGCUUCGGCAGCGGCUGCGGCUGCUAGAAAAUGGGACGACGCUGGGGCAGUCUCCGCUGGGGCAGAUCCAGUUGACCGUGCGGCACAGCUCGCAGAGGAACAAGCUGGUGGUGGUCGUGCACUCCUGCAGGAAUCUCAUUGCCUUCUCGGAAGAUGGCUCUGACCCCUACGUCCGCAUGUAUUUGUUACCAGACAAGAGGGGGUCAGGAAAGAAAACACACGUGUCAAAGAAAACAUUGAACCCUGUGUUUGAUCAGAGCUUCGAUUUCAGCGUCUCCUUCCCAGAAGUGCAGAGGAGGACACUGGACGUCGCAGUGAAGAACAGCGGCGGCUUCCUGUCCAAAGACAAAGGGCUUCUUGGCAAAGUGUUGGUCGGUCUGGCAUCUGAAGAGCUCGCCAGAGGCUGGACCCAGUGGUAUGACCUCACGGAAGACGGGACGCGGCCACACGCAGUGACAUAGGCCGUGCUGGCCAUGAGCAGCCCUGCCGGAGGACCUGCCCCGCCGUGUGCCCAGGGUGCACCCUCCCACAGAUGCUCCAGUGCUGUUUCAUAACCCGGUGUAUUUAGUUAUACAAACCUUACCAGUUUUAUAUGACAUGUUGGCAUCGUAGGCAUAUUUGGCCAAUGUUAUCAUUAAAUUUUAUAUGUUUAAUUUCCUCUAGUAUUUCAGUUAUUCCAGUGCACACUGGGAUGUCAUACUGUGUCCCAGAAAGUUGUUUGUCAGCUAUAUCUAUGAGGAGGCAGAUGUGUAUAUGCUUUCCUUUUACCUUGUCUUAUAUAUCUCUGAGGUACACUAUAGCAUGUAAAUAGACACUAUUUUUUAUAAUCUGUAUAUGCUGGUUUGAUUCAGAAGAAAAUGGAUCAAGGACAUAUGUAUUUUUUCUUCUAAAACUUACUAAGUUCUUAUGACAAAUAAUCAUUUUUGUCUUUGCAGAAAAAGUUCUCAGUGACCUAUUUUGUGGUGUUUCUUUUUGAAAAGCUGAAAGAUUAUUGAAUAUUAGUAUAUUUCUGCCAUUACAAAUGAUGAAAGAAAGUAUUCAAAAUAAUGAGACUUUCAUAAAUAUAAAGAUGUAUUAUUCGGAAGUCAUUUGAAGUGCUGAUCGAAAAAAACGUAUAACCGAGUAAUGUAAAAUAUUAGGGGAGAAUGGUCAUGGCCCGUAAAUCGUAGUGUACUGAUCCGAAUUUCUCACAUACAAUGGAAUGUCUUAAAUUUAUUUUUAAUUGCUUGUUAUAACUUACUCAUGAAAUAGUGCACAGAUGCUCGAUCAUACUGUUCCUGAAAUGUAACACAGGUUUUCCCUGUUAGCAGCCAGGUCAUGGCGAGCUGGUCAGUCAUGGGCUUUGCUAACACUCAGUGUUUCCCGGCCUGGGAAGGAAGACAGCUCACAGUGUCACCGUAAAGGCUGCAGAGAGGUCGGAUGACCGCAUUUGCAGUGCGAUGGCGUGGUGGACAGGUACCCAGGCCAGGCCUCGGCUUCCUGCUGCCUCUGUGCCUGGGCCCGGUCGGGACCAGCCAGGCUGUUCACUAAGUAACCGCUUCCUGGUUUCCUCGUUCUCUGCCAAGACUGACCUCGGUAUUGGGAUAUUGUUCUACAGUGUUUAUUUUGGAACAUUUUUCUCUCUUUGGAUUAUUAAAAGCAUCUUUGUGUAUUAAGAGUCCCGCACCUCAUGUGGGAGGCGAGGCUGUGAGUGAUGUGUGCGUGCCUAUAAGCCAUGUAUGACAUGUGCAGGGAGAGUUUUAAAUAUUUAAAGCUAUAUGAUGAAAAUGACUUCCUUGGCCAUAUGAAUAUUCUAAAAUUAUGUAUACUUUGGGGAAAUUCAGCUUUAUGUUGAAACUGGAGAUCCUACCAUAAGUCAUGCUGUGGACUCGUGGACUGCUCACGUGGCCAGACAAACCAAAGUGCCUGUUGUGGUGGGUGCCAACCCUCAUUCCUGACACUCCUACCUUCCAGUGGAUUUUAAUUUCAUAUUAAUUUACACUCGGAACCAUGGGUUUAUUUAUAAUGGAGUCUAUGGCUUUACAACACAUUUCAUGUAAUCGUGAGGACUAAUAUAAUCUCGCUAUUUCCUACUUAAUGAAGCCUCACUUGAAAGCCUCAUAAAAACCAUUUCUGAUGAUGUACUGAGAAGUUUAUGAAUAUACUGAUACACGUGAUCAUACAUGCACACAAAAUAUUUAACUGGUAUUUUAGUAGCAUGAGAAAGACAGGUAAUUGCUUAUUAAAUCUAGUUGACCACUCAUGCCAUUGGAUUCAUUUAAAGAUUUUUUUUUAAUUAAGUCAGUUGAAGGGCUUUUGGCAUAAUCUAUACAUAAUCAACACUAAUUGAAAUUCAGCGAACUUGUAAUUUAUACCAACAUCCUAAACAUUUGAGUUUUCCAGCCAUGUGCUUCACCUGUUUGUUUUUGCCUGUGGGAAUGCGAUUGGGCAGAAUAAGUACAGAGAGAGGCACAGACCGGCCAGCCUUAUGCUGCCCUCUGACCGGCACAGGGGCAGCUGGGGCUGCAGAUGGAGCAGAGCUCCUGCAGGCGCCGAGGCGCUGUUUUCUGAAAGGAAAGGCAGGGUGCUAGGACAGGAGAGCCCCCGCGAGGGAGUCUGUCUCUGGCCCGAUGAGCUCGGCGAAAGUCCUCGUGUCUGCAGGAGAUGCUGGGAACUGCUGCCAGGGCCGGCCGCCCUCCAGCAGCGGCCGAAAAGGAAUGCUCUCCAGUUCCAGGGACGUUCGUUCCUAGUUCUCUGCAAUCAGUCCAUCUAGGAAAAGGGAACUGUGACUUGUCCGCACUGAGCCAAAGCGACAGAGGGAAAUUGGAAAUUGAAUGAACUUGAGUUCAGUUAGGUGCAUGUGUGGCUCGCUUCUCCGGUGCCUGAAAGUGUGGGCGUGUGAAGGUGUUUUCAAGUUUCAGAUUCAAACAGAAGCCUUGUAGCUGUAUUCAUCAAUUGUGGUACAGAUACAGAAUUCCCGUACAGAUACUCUUCAUCAAGAGGUCAGCCCUUCUUUUCAAGAACCUAAGCCAAACGCAGAUUGGGGUGUAUGUACAUUUGUGUGGUUGCUACUUUAACUCCAGUUCAAGCUGGAUCACCCACUGCAAAUGGCAACAUCAGCGGGUUUUUAUUAUAGAAUGCCUUUUUGCUCAAAUUUUCCACGGCAGUGCGUGUAUUUAUUCAAUAAAACUUUUAUGUUAGCUCA